AUGUGGCCAGAGAAAGUGCAGCGACAGUUCGACAUCGCUCAAGCAGCAGGAAAUGAUGCCCUCGAGAAUGUUAUGCAUGCACCUUACAAUAAGCUCUUGAACACGCUACACGCUGUUCGAAAUUUUCUUGGAAAAUCGGCCUGUCUUUGUGCUGCAGCUCAAACGGGAGAAGGAAUUUUUGGUGAGAUACUUGUCCUCUACCCGUCUUGCACGGUGUCAGCGCUUUCGGGACGAAGCUCUGUUUCUACUCUCCUUACGCAGGCAGGAUUGAUCUCGCCAGAGCCCAUUCCUGCCUCCACGCAGUACGUGAUCGACACCGCACCGGUUGACCGCUGGAACUACGAUAUCCUUACGGCUGAAGGAGAAGCUGAAUUGCGUCGCAUUGUUCAGCUCAUGGGUUUUGGAGUCGAAACUGUCCACGGAAUUGCGAGCACAGGAUGGCAGUCUAACUGCAUGCGGAGCUUCAACCCCAGUGAAAACUGGGCCUUACCGGAGAGGCUCGUAGAUGUCGUGCGACGGUAUGGAAAGCGGGAUAAUGAUAGCACGGAAACGGGAACAUAA